CGCAUGUCACCACCGAGGACAGCAGGAGGCAUGGAUCCUCUGGACGAACGGCAACAACAUGAGCGGGAGAUGGAGGAGCUCCGGCACACCUUUCCCAAGGUGUUCAGGGCUGUUCCUCUCAAGGAGGCCGACGCCAUGCCAGACACAAAGACGGUGGUGCUGAUUCGCCAUGGACAAGGGCAUCACAACUUGGCGGCCAUUGAAGCCGGGCACGGUUGCACGUGUAAAUACGGCGUGCCAAGCAAAGAAACCCCGUGCCCAUACAUCAACGAAGACCUGGUUGACCCAGCACUGACAGAGAAGGGCAAGGCUGAGGCACAACACGGCGCACAGGCGCUGCAGCGUGCCAUUGAGGAAGGCCACCACGCCCCACUGGACAUGGUGUUCGUGUCCCCACUCAAACGCACGCUGCAGACUGCAAGCCUUGUGUUCCCUUCCGAGAAAGCCCGUCCCCGGAUGGUCGCUGUGGAGCACCUUCGCGAGCAGCUCGGCGUCCACCACUGCGACAUGCGCAGCCCCAUCUCACACGUGUCGCAGCACUUCCCGCACAUCGACUUCUCCCACAUCCCCAGUGACCACGAUGCCCUCUGGUCGCCUCGCCGCGAAACAAAGGCAGAGCUGGCCGAGCGCGCCACCACCGCCAUGCGUCGCGUCUUUGAUAUUGCCGACGCCAGCACCUCCCCUAUUGGUAUCGUGUCGCACUCCUCGUUUCUCGCAGCACUCGUCAACAUCGUUGUCGACACCACCGCUUGCGAGCACGUUGCUGCCCCCUUCGCCACAGGGGAGGUGCGCUCCGUUGCGCUGCAGCUGCAAACCAGUUCCAACAUCGUUCCACGCCCACUCCCUCACAACGACGAUCACAAUAACCACUGCGACAGCAAGGACGAUGCCGACGGUGGUGGUGGUGGUGGAACCACGUAGGCAAUGUACAAUCAAGCGUCUGGCUGCCAGCCUUCAGUUGCCUGUCGCACGUGUUUCUGUUGGCAGCUUCGCCAAACGAAGCGGGUUUCAUCCUGUUUGUGUUCUUCAUCACACAACACGGCACAUUCACUUUGUGCAUCGUGUGCCGUUGUGCGCGGUUCGCAUUUCAAGUAAACAACAUCACAUUGCGCGCGAA